CAGGGACAUCGCUUACGUCCGGUGUAGUGAAUUCGCCCAGAGGGGUUUCCCGCAGUCUUCCGUACUGGAAUAUCGCGAUAUACAAAAAUCUGAAUUCGAGUCGACAAGUGCCUAUCAAUCGAUUGUGGUACGUAGACGCACGUUUCUAUGUGUGAAAUGAGCAAAAAGUGAAUGUUGAAACUGUUCUGGUUGAUAACAACAUCAAGGAUACCACACGCUGGACGAGCUUCGACUCACGGCGCAUUGCAGAUAGAAAUUAUUCAAAGUGCACCACGAGGAAUUAUCUCUGCUGCUUAGUAGAGAAUGUGCAGCGGUUUAUACUACGUUUGCUAACACACAACUUACAUCAACGCAGUGCAGCAAACCCAUUUGACCCGUUUUCUUCUGUGUGGCUUUAUUAUGCACCCGCGCAGAACGCAGAUCGAGAUGACGGCCUAGCAGUUCUCUAGAAUGGGUUGAACGCGAAAGAUGUAACCUUUGCCCGCCCGCCCGCGUGUGUUGGAAUUGAGUGUGUGACCAUCUUCUUUGGAGUUGAACCCGAAACAGGCCACUGCCAAGAUGCCGACAGUGAUUUCGAAAUUUGCGCGAAAGUCGUUCGACAAGCUCGAGGAACUCGGCUACUCCAAAGUGGCCGUUUCCAAGGGUCUAGUCUCGACGGCUCUGCUAGCGUACUGUUUAAAGCUGUCCUAUCCAUACAUUAAGCAGCAACUAAGUGCUAACGAAACAAAGUGUGAUAACGGUCAGUUGAAUCGCAAUGAAAACAACAAUCUUACGAAGGCAGACGUCGAAGAUCCGGAAGAAAAAAUCGAGAAGAUCAUCAUUGAGAAGAAACAACGUCGAAGAAAGCAACCGGGUUUGAAUCUGGAGUUCAUUCUACAGCUAAGGACGCUCAUCCAGAUUAUGGUCCCUCGCGUGCUGUGCGAGGAGACCGGUCUGUUGGCCGUUCACACACUGUGUCUUAUAUCGCGAACCUUCCUCAGUAUCUACGUUGCCGCAAUGGAAGGCGCCAUUGUUAAAUAUAUCGUGAGAAAAGAUGUGAAAAACUUUGUGCUAAUGCUGCUCAAAUGGUUCGGCAUCGCCAUACCGGCGACAUUCAUCAACUCCAUGAUUCGGUACCUCGAGAACAAGCUGGCACUGGCAUUUAGAACCCGCCUAGUGAACCACGCCUACAAACUUUACUUCAAGAACCAAACGUAUUACAAGGUGUCGAACCUGGAUGGCCGCAUCGAGAACGCCGACCACCGACUAACCGACGACAUUUCGACCUUCUCGAGCUCGGUCGCUCACCUCUACAGCCAUCUGACGAAGCCAUGUUUCGAUCUGAUGUUGAUUGGAAUUGCUAUGGCACGUUCAUCGCGUAAAAUGAAAGCGAACAUCGUGAUGGGACCGGCUCUAGCAACGAUUGUAAUUGGAACGACCGCGCACAUAAUGCGAGUUGUGUCGCCCAAAUUUGGGCAGCUCGUUUCGGAAGAGGCAAACCGAAACGGAUACCUACGACAUGUGCACUCCAAGAUUAUCACAAACGCCGAGGAGAUUGCUUUCUACGGAGGGCACAAGGUGGAACACGCUCAACUGCAGGACGCGUAUUCGAGGCUGGUGAAUCAGAUGAAUUCAAUCUUCACGCAAAAGCUCUGGUUCAUCAUGCUCGAGCAGUUCUUCAUGAAAUACGUCUGGUCCGGUACCGGAAUGGUAAUGGUAUCUUUACCAAUUCUGACGACAACCGGCCUUCCAAAUGGGCCACAUGACCGCAGCAACACCAUCAGAUCCAACACGGAACACGGGGUCAGCGAGAGGACUCAGUACUUCACUACGGCACGAAACCUACUGCUGAGUGGUGCCGAUGCUAUCGAGCGAUUGAUGUCAUCAUACAAGGAGAUUGUGGCACUGGCCGGCUACACUAGUCGCGUUGCCGGAAUGCUCGAAGUGUUCGACGAAGUUUCUCGUGGGGUUUACCAGAAGACGGUUAUAACAGCUGACCGCAACGUUGCCGGUAUUCUAGAGUUCAAAAAUGAUCAACCCAUUGCCAAAGGAAUGAUCGUUUGCAGUGAUAACGAAAGUGAUAUGACGAUAUCGCUGGAAAAUGUGCCAGUAGUGACACCGAACUGUGACAUUGUGGUGUCGAGCCUGACGCUGACAAUCAUGCCCGGAAUGCAUCUUCUGAUAACCGGACCCAAUGGAUGCGGCAAAUCCAGCCUGUUUCGUAUUCUGAGCGGGCUGUGGCCAAUUUACGGAGGAACGCUGUGCAUACCAAAGCCGGCUCAAGGCAAACCUUGCAUGUUCUAUAUUCCACAACGGCCGUACAUGUCGUGCGGAAGCUUGCGAGACCAAAUCAUCUAUCCGGACACUCGGAAGGAUAUGCUUAACAAAAACAUCACAGAGUGUCAGCUGAGGGAAAUCAUGCGUAUGGUGGCGCUCGAGCACAUAAUUGAUAGGGACAGCUUCGACGAAAUCCGUGAUUGGAAGGACACUCUUUCUGGAGGUGAAAAGCAGCGAAUGGCAAUGGCAAGACUAUUCUAUCACAAGCCACACUAUGCCCUUUUGGAUGAAUGUACGAGUGCAGUUUCGGUUGAUGUUGAGAGUUCAAUUUACGAGACUGCCAAGUCGAUGGGUAUUACCCUUUUGACCAUCACGCAUAGACCAACUUUGUGGAAAUUCCACACCCACAUACUGGAAUUCGACGGCCAGGGUGGCUGGGUCUUUGAACCCCUGGCUAAGGAUGCCAAACAAAAGGUUCCUAAAUCGAGACAGAGCGUGUACCAAAAUCACAAACCAUUCACGGACGCGCCGGAAACAUCUCCCUCGGCAGCACCCGCAGUGUGAUUUCCGAAUUGUACAUAACGGUAUUUCAAUGUAACAAGAUUCAUCACAAAAACGAUCGAGAUUAUCCAAUAAUUAACCCAAAAUCUGUGACAGUUUUAGAAACAUUUGUUUGUUGAUUGUUAGCGACAUAGUUUAGCGCAAAUACAGGUGACAUGCUUAGGUACUUAUUGUAUAAGGAUAAAGAAUAGAUAAAAAGUCAGUUGUCUUGUUUCAAUUAUUUUGGCGUUAUUAAAAUUAUAGUUCAAUGAAAUUUAUGUAACUUUGAAUGUUUUAUAUAUGGAAAAAUGAUAGCUUUUCAAAAAGGUUAAGCGAUUUUAAAAUAUAGUCUUGUAAAAAAAAACAAAUAAAUAAAUACUAUGUACAAUAAAACUUUAA